UUUCUUACGUUAAGCCGCCAGAGGGUCUUCGAAAGCACCGUUUCGAGAGCGACAUCCCCUGGGGGGCCUUGCAAAAGGGUUCAAUACAGGAAGUCCUCGAACGACGAGAAGGGUAUAACAGAGGACCCGCUGCUGAAGACGCCAUGACCUUCAACCAGACGACGUGGCUACUCCUGCUGACUUGGAUUGCGACCGCGACGCCACGGCUAGUAGCCGCCUCCGAGAAGGUGCUUCUGCAACGAAAAGGGAACCUGUGCGCCUACCGCGUGAUCCAGAACGUGACUUGCCGUGAGCGGAACGGCACCGAGGUGGUGCAGGUGAGGACCAGACCAGAAUGCCUGACCGGCGACUGCAGCGUCUACACUGUUCCUGUCAGGCGACCAGUCUACGUGACGCGAGUUCGGAUGCAGCAGAAGGUGAUCUGGGGCUGCUGUCCCGAGUACUCCGGUCCGGCCUGCACACCAGCGACACAGAUACCUGCCCAGGCUCCGAAGAGAGGAGGAGGAGGAGACCUAAAGCGCAGCCUUCACGUUCCUGGAAUUCCAUGGACGUGGCCUCCACCGCGAGACCAACCGCCUUCGACGGUACCUUGCAACUGCGGUGGUGGCACUAGGACGACUUCCGGAGCUCCCGGGCGCACAUCCGGCGCAUCCACGCCCGGUCCACCUGGUCCGCCUGGUACGGCAGGUCCAACGGGACCUCCAGGACCACCAGGUGCCCCUGGAAAAGACGGUACUCCUGGUCCAGCGGGCGCUCCCGGGCCUGUCGGACCUCCUGGACCUCCAGGGCCUCCCGGUGAAGCCUCGACAGUGGGCCAUGGUGAAGCAGAUUCCAGGGACUUCAUUAGUCACCGCAGUGCCAUGGGUGUCCUGGAAACAGUGUCGAAGUUGGCGAACGAUCUCUCUGACCUUGACGAACGUGUGGACAGGCUCGAACGAGCCUUGAGAAGACUGACAGAUCUGGACGCAGGACCUCUGGGCGUUGGGAACGUGGAUUUGGGACCGGUGUUUACGGAGUCUUACGACGGCCACCACUCGUUUGGGAGUCAGCCCGGUCCGCCAAGACCGCCGGUGGCCUACGAGGACGUGGGAUUCGAUACGGACGUCCUCCCCGACUUACGACCAUCGACGCCUCCUGGUGGUGCGCCUUCUAGGCCCGACGUUGCCAGUGACAACACUUCGAUGACUCGAACGACAGAUGCGGCGAGAGAUUGACGUCUGGCACUGACAGACGGACACAAGCACCAGCUAUAGCAGACGACACAAUUGACGAGGAUAGAAACAGACGAACAAAAACAACAAAAAAGAAUGUUUAGGGUAGUAGACCGACGUCACCAAUCUGGCGUAGGCUUUAAUAGACGUCGUCGAAACGAAAUAACGAAUCGCAUCUGCAACAUCAUGGCGUAACUGUAACAGACACCGGCUGUAGGAAUAGUAUUUGAGUUCAAAGACAUGUACGGACUCGAGGUGCGAUAUGCUUUUUUUUGCGUGUGUAGGCUUGCGUUUACGUUCACUUUGAACACUGCGCUAGUAGUACUUGAAACACAUUACAGGCUGCUUAUGUGCUCGGCGAGUGAGUGAACUUUUCACGCAUGUAAAUCAGCUGUACAUUAUGACAGCUCACAAGUACUGACUAUGACUAACUGUCAAAAGCAGCUGGUGAUGCCAGCUAACUCGGUUGUAGUAGAGAAAAAUCUGUGAAAGAAAGAGAGGCAAUGUCAUUCAAACAAGUAAAGUACCUCUUCACAUCUCUAUACAGGCGCUAAGGAGUACUAAGAGGACGCCAUGAGUUUCAUAGAAAUAUUUAUGAACCCGACUAGCGAUAGAUAUCACGUGGCCACAGGUAGCAGAAACGUUGAUGUUGCACGUUAGUCUUAUCUGAAUCUGUUUUGCAACGCUUUCUACGACAAAGUGAUAAAUUAGGCACUGUGUCAGAAAGGUGCUUCGCUAAAUGAUGAAAUUCAGAAUUCGUCCGCGCGUCAUCUACUUAAGCUUGCCGAUUUAACGUAACGAUUUCAGCUAAUCUUCUUUUUUCAUAACCUGUCGCAUAGCCGCGCCAACUUGCGGUGAUCGGAAACUAUACUUAUAUAACCUAAAGAAAAGUACCCGGUAGCACGUGGUCCAAAGCGUGAGCCACGAGCAGUAGAAGCGACGUGAACGUUCAUAAAACGACGCGCGAUAUCGACACGUGAGAGAGGCUUCAUUUGAUAGCCAUAUCUUCCUACUGCAUAGCGUGCAUAGCCAUAUCUUCCUAAUAGAUUACGUCAUAUAGACGGUCAAAUAUUACUGAACUGUCAGUUCAACUGGCGCGAGGUAAAAGUAUAUGUAAACAAACGCAGAAAAGAAGACCUGCGAUCAUACUAACGCUGGAUGCUAAUCACUUUCGGAUCUUGCUCGCAAAGAGCGCGAGCAAUUAAAAACGAUUUGUGUGACGCGUGUGUUUGGGGCACAAAACAGACGCGCUAACGACAACGCACACAUGUACAGUACUAAACCGUGAGUAACUAAAAACAACUGUAAUAAACUAAUAAACUGGAAUGCAAAAAGACAAAACACUUGUGUCCGCUGUCUCUCUCGCUCUCGCCGUCGGCGUCGAAAGGGCAGGUAAAAUAAGGCGCACUAAGAUAAAUUAUUUGGCGGGACUCGCAGAUCUAAAAAGAAAAAUCUCUGAUGAAAGGUGCCAGGACGUUCAGGUUUUCCAC